AGCGAGAGAACACGUCACGGUGACGUAGCUCUGACCAGCUGGAGGAGACCUCAGAGUAAAGUGUGGAACUUCUCCUCGGUGCCUCAUGAAACACGAGUUUAACCUCCAGUCAGCCUGCGCUCUGCUCUGGCGGUCCGGUCCGAACACAAGCCACCGGCCCGCGGCUGUUUCGUCGCCGAGUCGUCCUGAAAAUACGCCACCGAAACAGUUUGCAGCAUCUGCUAACAGCUGCUAGGCUAACCUCGGCGAGCUAACCGGCAAGCUGGUAGCCGGGCAGCGGCAGGAGGAGGCUCUGAAGGCGGCCCCGCGGUGUUAAUGAUUUGCGGGACAAAUGAUUGCGCAGUGACCGGGAGACGAGGCAACGGACACUUAACGGAUCGGGCGGUUAGGAGGACAAACGGUCAACGGUUAGGUUAGCGCUCCAGCUAACCGUAGCUAGCAUUAGGUGAUUCAACCCCAGGUGCGUCAGGACCGACACAGGAGAUGGCCAGUAACCCCGCGGCAGGCGUCACCUGCCAGGCUAACGGAGGGAAAGUGUCCGGUUCUGGUCGCUCACGUCGCCACCGGUCUGAGUCAGAGUCCGACGUUGGCCCGACUGUUAAAAGCUUAUCGCGGCUGUGCAGCAGGGACGAGGACGAGCGAGCGGCGGCUCUGGAGGAGCUGAGCCAGGGGGUUGUGUCGACUUUGGGACUGGACCGACGGGGCUCUGCCCGGCUGGGUAAAGACACACUCCUGCAUCUGCUGCGGCUGUCCCGGUCGUGCCCGUUGGAGGAUGUACGAGGGAGAGCAACCAAGCUGCUGCGAACCGCUCAGGAACAAGGAGUUGAAGUCCCUCGGGCUCUGGCAACAGGUCCAAGUGCCUUUAUCCAUGCAAAACAGAUGUUGAAAGAAGGGCCAGACCAGGACAUCCUUAUCGAAUCUUUUCUUUCGUUGGGUCGAGUGGACCACGUCACUAUGGUGAUGGCGCUGCACCCUGCUUACCUCAGCUGCUUCCUGAGAACCCAGCAUGCUUUAUUGGAACUGGACGGCCCCUUGCCUCGUCACUGGAGACAUUACAUUGCCGUUACGGCUGCAGCUCGACACCACUGCUCGUACCUGGUGCAGCAGCACAGCGCCGGCUUCCUGGAGGCAGGAGGGGAGGAGAGCUGGCUUAGCGGCCUCGAGCACGCUCCCACCAAACUCCGCAGCUUGCAAACACUCAACAAGCUGCUGGCACACAGACCCUGGCUCAUCACACAGCAGCACAUCGAGGAGCUGGUUUGUCCCGGAGCAGAGCCUCGCUGGUCACUGGCUGAACUCAUCCAUGCUGUGGUCCUGAUGGCACAGGCUCACUCACUCUGCUCUUUUGUGUGGGGCUGCGGAUUAAACCCCGAACCCGACCACAUCGGUGGUUAUACCUUUCAACCUCCAUCACCUGGUCACCUUCCUCGUAGCCCUCACAGCCCUCAUAGCCCCGCUUCUGAGGAUUGCAGGCAAGAGUUGGUUGACGGAGCAAUGGAGGUGGAGGUGUUGAUGAAGAGGAUGGUGGAGCUGCAGCAGCAGCAGGAGGAGGAGGAGUGCACACAGGAGGAGAUGGUUACUCGUUUUGAGAGGGAAAGAAGCGAGAGCAUACCGACAGCGGUGGUGCGCGGAGCACCGCCUGACUUGGUUCUGCGCCUGGUGGAAGAUCCAGAGUUCAGAUACGAGGACUUUGCCCCCAGAGGAGAGCAGUCACCACCCACAAUGAGAGCCCAGGACUAUUCAUGGGAGGACCACGGCUUCUCUCUGGUCAACAGACUACUGCCAGACAUGGGCCAGCUCCUAGAUGAAAAAUUCCAGGUGGUGAGCAACUUGACCUACAACAGGAUGGCCAUGCACGAAGGCGUCGACACUCACACUCUGAGAAAAGCUCUGUGGAACUACAUCCACUGUCUGUACGGGAUACGCUACGACGAUUACGACUACGGCGGUGUGAACGUGCUGUUGGAGCGCUCUCUGAAGGUGUUUGUUAAAACCAUGGCCUGUCACCCCGAGCAGACCACAGCACGCAUCUACCACGCCUUCUGGAGACACUUCAGACACUCUGAAAAGGUUCAUGCAAACCUGAUAGUGAUGGAAGCCCGGCUACAGGCAGCCCUUCUUUACACAUUACGAGCCAUCACACAUUACAUGAGAUGACACGAUCACUCACACCCCUUCGGCAGAUGCUGAGCCAGCUGUGACCUACCACAGCCCAAUGCAUAACACAACACAGACAAUCUUUUGCACACUCACACUCACACACACACACACACACACACACACACACUACAGUGAAUGUCUGUAUAUGCAUAUCUUAUGUUUCAGUGUUAAUGUUCUGAUGCUGCUUUGCGCCUGGGAUAUAUGAUAUUUAAAAUGUUACUUAUUUUGCACUGAAGAUUUUUCAGGUUUUGUUUCCCCUACUUGAGCCUCAGAUGUUAUUCUAAAUAUCUUGCACACAUUUCUGUCCCACACACACACACACACACACACACACACACAGACAUCUACAUACUCAUGUGAUACAUAUCGUAGUAAAUCAUCAUGAUUCAAGUUCUUUUGCAUUAUUAUUUGACAUGUUUGUUCAGGUUCAAUAUCUGUCACACACAGAUAACCGCUGUUCACCACACCAUGACUACUCAUGCAUCAGUCCUCUGUGUCUGCAGCACACAGAAG